ACUGUACUCCGAGGUGAUACAUGUCCGCAUGCCUUCUAGUGCGUGCCCGUCUGCUCUUCUUUCUUACGACAGCCGAACUAUUUUGGCAUGAACGAAGCAUCUGCUGCUAUCAAACUCGAUAGCCUAGACGCUCUCAGACAAAUCACAGAGAACGGCAUCGACCUUAGAACAAUCAAAGACGACAACGGCGCCACAUUGCUUCACGUCUGCUCUCGAUAUGGCCGUCAAAGCCUCAUGCACUGGCUCAUAGAAGAAGUAGGCCUUCUCCCAACGGAUAGAGCCACAAAUGGAGCCACUCCGGCGCACGACUCGGCGGCCUGUGGCCAAAUAUUGACCCUGCAGUGGCUUGUUGGCAAGAACUAUUGUGCUGCGUCUGAUUGUGAUAAUAGAGGAGUGUCGUUGUUGCAUUAUGGGGCGCAGUUCAAUCGCGUGGAUGUGGUUGAGUGGCUUGUUGAGAGUUGUGAAGUGUCUGUGGGAGGGAGGACGGCGGGAGGAAUGAGUGCAGCUCACUAUGCUGCUUAUAGUGAUGCAGUUGAUGUAUUGAGGUAUCUUGUUAGGAAGGACAAAAGUCUUGCUGAAUCAGUUGCUUCCAAUGGAACAACGCCUGUCUAUUAUGCAGCACAACAGGGAAAGCUAGAGUGUCUGAAGUUUCUCGUCAAUGCAAAAGCCAACUGCAGAACCAAAACAAAUGAUGGCAUGUUGCCUAGCCAUGCAGCAGUUCAGUGUGGACAUUUGAAUUGCCUUACUUUCCUGGUUGAACAUGGCGCAUUGUCUGUUAUGGAAAGAGACUCAGACGGUGCUACAUUGCUGCACUAUGCAGCAGCUGCAGGUCAUUCAAAUGUUGUCAAGUGGUUGUUGGAUAACGGAGCAGUUAUUGAUAAGGAUGCAUUGGGAGGAUUGCCUUUGCAUGAUGCUGCACAUAAUGGACAAGUAGAGUGCUUGAAGCUCCUAGUUGGUGCUGGUGCUGAUGCGUCUUCGAAAGAUGCUGAAGGACUCACUGCUCUUCAGCUAGCAUUGCAAGCUUCUCACAACAAUUGUGUGCAGUAUCUAAAGUCACUGUCGGCUACUCGGUCCUCAGCAUCAGAAGACACGUCAAGCUCGUCAGCAGAAUCCGAUAGCGAAACGGAAACCGAGUCAAUCAAGAGAACACCACCUCCAGCAGGCUUUAGUGCAGUGGCAAAUGAUGGUCUGCUGGCAGACAUCAGAAAGGGCAAGGAUUUGAAAAAGGCUCCUCAAGAGAAGAGAAUGCUAAAGCAGCCUAUUGGACGAGUGUUGAGUGACGCUGCGAUAUCACUUGAUGGAUCUAAUGUGCCAGUAAGCGUUCCAAUGGUUGACAGUGAUGGAACUCCUCUACCUGAUUGGAAAAUGAACGUACUGCAUAAGAAGGCACUGGACAAAUAUCAGAAAUCUGCUGAAGCCAACGCGAGCGAAGAUGCUGAAGCUGCACGUUGGGCUGGUAUUCCUGAAUGGAAGAGGAAAGUUUUACAAGAGAAAGAGAGAAAACGGCUGGAGAAGCUAGCACCAGCAAUUGCCAAACAGAAGGCCGAAGAAGAAAGACUUGCAAAACUUGCUGCCAUGCCUGCAUGGAAACGAAAGUUGAUCGAAAAGACAAACUCAAGCUGAUUCUAUGUGUGAAGGUGAUAUGAAGCAUUGCAAUGACGACCAAUUGGUUUGCAUGUUAUGUUAAGAUAGCGUUAGUACAGCAAAUAGUUAAUAAAUAGUUAAGAAAUGAGACAAACAACUCGCUCUUGACGAAAUGAGGCAUCGGGUUGAAGAACAUCUUCUGUAACGUUUUAAUACUGUAAGCAACUUCGAACAUGA